AUGCCAUUUCUCCACGGCCAUCGUGAAGACCCCUCAAGCUUUCUCAAGAAGCACUUGGUCAUCAAGCCUUCAGCUUUGGUACCCCUGACCUUCCUGGUCGGCGCGACUUCCGCCCUCACGCUGCUCUUUGAAACUGCCCUCCCGGAUACAGAUUUCGUCGCCUUCAUGCGGGUUCCUCUCAUCUACAUUAUCCAGCGGCUCUGGCGAAAAGUCAUGGAUGCCGAGAGGCAGUUUCGCACCUUCAGCUUGCAGAAGGAGAUAAUCGAAGGUUGCAUUGUCGAGUGGUACGGCUCUGUAGAAGACUUCGAGGUGGGUGUCCGCACCCAUGUGCACGAUGCCUUCAUUGAGCAGGUGACCCGCUUUCCUCUCGGGUAUCAAUGGACGGUAGGGAUGACCACGUGCAUACUUUGGGGACAGCUGGAUGCCAUCGCGGCACGGGCACAUGGUGGCGCCUAUAGUUAUGCUGCCUCCGUGGCGGUUGCCACCAUGGCUUGGUUUCUGUGGAUCACGCCAACGCACUUCUUGAUUAUGAUCAGGAUUAUUGCCUAUAUGAUGGAGAUCGGCCGGUCGAAAUCACUCCUCCUUCGUUGUGUUGCCACUUGCGUCGGCUACGUGGUCAUUGGGGUGCUUACAUUUAUUCCCCAUGCACUUCAAACACUGCUGUACCAAGUCAUUCCCGAGCCUCUGAUCGGUGCGGGUGUGUUCUGGGUCGUGACUCUGUGCAUUGCGUUGGUAAGCCAUUACUUUCUUGCCAGGCCUUGGAAGCAAGUGCCAGGGACAGCACACACAAAAGCUUCGAUAUGA